AUAAAUCGCAUGAACGGAAAAGUGUCAUGAGAUAUAUGGGACAGCGCGGAAGGGAAGAGGUGUAGAAAGUGUAAGGAAAAUACGUAAAGUGGAUUGUUAUGCGGAGUAAUGUGGGGAAGUACAGUGAUGGGUCGAAAAGCUCAUGGGAUUGAGCGGGCGAGACAGCUGGAGGUGGCGAAUGGGAGACAGUGUCCAGCUCAGUGGGGACAGGAGCGGCUGGAUAGGUCGACAUGCAGAAGAGUGAGAGAGUUUCUCGAUGUUUGCUUGCUUCUGGCUCCAAUUCUACCGUGCUGGCAAACUCAUCUUAUGGCUUUGCGAACGAUACUGGUAUGUUGUUACAGCACCGCGUCACGGUACAACAAGAUUCGAUUCGCGAUUACGUCCCGUUCUCCCAAAGCCGAGUUUAUCUUUGAUCUGUCAGCUAUGCGUUGACGGAAUGGAUUCCCUCCGUGGCCAUCUCUGGCUGCUCUCAGGACGGAUAGUCCUCCCAUUUGACCCCUUAUUCAGUCGACCUCGAUAUUCGUUUCAUAGACGGAUCGCCUUAAAAUCCUCGGCGAGAGGCGACGUUGACAGAACUGCGAAGUGUAUUCAGCCCGGGCAGGAAUGUUGCACGGCUUUGCUGCCCGAGAACUUUAAAAUUCAUACGAACGAGCCGCAGUGGUGUUUUGGGCAGCAGCGACGUUUUCGUCCAAGCAAAGAGCUCUGGAUUCCGGGCAGCAAUACCGCAUGCCAUUGGUUGACUGAACCCUCCGGAUUUUCAGCUCCAACCACGAAAUGGAGCCGCUCUUGGCUGUUCCCUGGCUCCUCCCUCUGUUCGUCCAAGCUCCGUCCACCGCUCACCUCCGCCUUGGGACUCUCCCACCUCCCUACAAAUCCACAUCCGUCGCUCAUUCUAUCCACCCAAGCUACUCGAAUCCAGUCUUUCGUGUUCACACCUCUCAGCUCAUCCCGAAUCUCCCUUCGUACUUAGGCUAUCCGUCCGCUCGCACCAUGGCCUCUCGGAUUGCCUCUUCUCGCCUCGGAUCUGAAAGCCUUUCGAUUGACCACGCAUUCUGGGAGGAGUUCUCAGAGGCGGAUCAGACGUGGCUGUACGCGCCAGGGAGCUCCUCGUCCAUUGAGAGCGAGUUGUGGAAGGCCUACAGUGAGGCCGACCAGACCUGGCUGUACGCACCAGAGAGAGCUACUCCUUGCGGUCCGCCAUUGAGCACGAGUUCUGGAGGGCCUUCAGCGAGGAGGACCAGCUGACCUGGGAGGAUUAUUCGGAGGAGGAGCAGACGUGGCUGUAUGGUCCAGGUAUUCCUUUCUGUGAGCCUGUUGUGACCGAGCUCAGUGCUGCCAGCAACGUCGCAUGUAGCACGCCGACACCCAGCAGCAGCAGCAGCAGCAGCAGCAGCAGCAGCAGCUAUAGCAGCUCCAGCAGCAUCAUCAGCACCAGCGAAAGCAGCAGUGCAAGCUGCAGCAGCAGCAGCUGCGGCAGCGCCAGCUCGCGGUGUCCUAACGGUGCAAGCAGUGGCAUGAGCGCGAAGGAGAAGCGUUGGAGACAAGCCGUUGCUUACCGAGUGGGUCGCUUCCAUGAGGAGGAAGAGCAGUGCCAACGCCGCUCCUCUCGUGGCUCGCUAGGCUUCUCCCCCCUGCGCCCAAGAUCUGUGACUGGGGUGAGUAGAACCGCGAGCAAGAAGCCGAGGCCGAGGAAGGUGAUGGGAGCAAGUGGUGGUGGGAAGCCCAAGGCUGGGAAGAGUGCACCUGUGACACCUGCUGCUACAAUGGCGGUACCUGCAAAAGCCGUACCUGCAAAGGCCGUACCUGCAAAGGCCAUACCUGCGAAGACAGUACCUGCUAAGGCUGUACAUGUGUCAGCGAAGGUGACCCCAGCUAAGGUCGCACCUGCAAGGCCUGCAACCGUGAAGCCUGCAGGUGCUGCUGUGAAGCCAGCAGGUGCUUCCAGGGGUGCAGCAGUGAAGGGCUCCAGCGGCCAAGGUUCAUCUCACAUUCCCAAGCCCGCCCUGGCAAGGCCAGCAGCAGCUGCACCAGGGGCCGAGGCAGCAAGGCCAGCAGCAACACCAGCAGCAGCAAGGCCGGCAGCGGCAGCAAGUGGAAUCCCUAGGGCAAGAAACAGGGUGGCAGCAGCAUGAGCAAGGCCCUUAGUACACAGAUCCAAUGCUGAAAUGUGGUGUUGGAGGAAGGCUUAAAGCCAAGGUUGUAGGAUGGGCAUGCCUGGUGGUGGGGUCUAGCGGGAGGGAAAUGGCCGGCAGUACUUCCACCCUGCUUGCAGGGUGUUGUGGGGAGGGAUGGGAGAGGUGGAGGAAAGUGGUGAGACGGAGCGUGGUUUGUUGGAGAAUGACGAUGGCAAUGGAUCUGCUACAGGAGUGUGGAUGGUACCACAGGGUUGUGUGCGGUGCUGCAGGGGUGUGGAUGGUGCUGCAGGGAUGUGCGCGGUGCUGCAGAGGUGUGCGUGGUGUGGUGCUGCAGGAGUGUGGUUGGUUGAGGAAUCUGUAUGGUGCUGGUCAGUGCCAGCUUUAGUAUUCCAAUUCUAGCUCUGAUUCAUUGUUCCCUACUGAUAGCGUCUUGUAAUCAAGCACAUGCAGUAUA